GUACUGAAAGAUUCUUUUAUAUAAACAUGUUUCGAAAAUAUACGUCUAUAGCUUUAUUACUGGCCAUUGUUGGCAUAAGUUCAGGUCUUGGAUCUGGCUACUAUGACUGCCCAGAUGAUAAAAAGGCAGUACAUAAUGUAGGGCACGUGGACAAAGAUGUUCCUGCAUCCAUUUUUGGAUUUGUAACUCUUGAUAUCCGCAUUCCCGAAACUGGAUUAUUAAAUGAACCAAUCACUUGUACAAUAGUAACUGAUUUAUCAUCUGAUGGAGGCAGUGGGACCGUAUCACAAGUUGGCGGAGGGCUGGGAUCUAAGUAUGUCGAACUGAAAAUCACUUCUAAGUUCCUACGGGGACUCAAAUAUCGUGUUGAUGUUUAUACAGAUGCUGCAACAACUACUAGCGGUCCAAAAACUACUGAAAACUGAAUAUUUGUAAACUAGACUUAGAGGUGCCAGACGUGAAUAAAUGAACAAUUGAUAAUAAUAAAAUAAUUAUUUGUUUUGAAAAUAGUUUCAAACUGAAAUAAAAUUACUGUCGUGAUCUUUA